CAGGAGCUCUAGCAUAGUGGUUUGACUGUUGGAUUAUGACCAGGGUUUGAAUCCCUGCGGAGCCAGGAAUCCCACUGGGUGACCUUGGGUGAGUCACACUCUCUCAGCACCAGAAGAUGGCAAUGGCAACUCCCCUCUGGAAAAAAAAUCCUACCAGAAAACCUUGUAAUGUGGCAGCCUUACGGUUGCCAUAAAUCAGGAAUGACUUGAAGCCCCCUCUGUCUGUGUUCCCCUGAAGCAACAGCAACAGCGCCUCCUUCCUUCUCCUUUGCCUCACUCUCACUGAGGAGGAGGAGGAGGAGGAGGAGGAGGCGCAGAGAGGGGGGAAAAUGGCGUCGAAAGCAACCAGGAAGUCGACGCUCUAGGCUGCGGCCGCGCACUCGCUGCUCCCGGCGGCGUCGUCGUCGUCGUCGUCCCUGGCCUGAAGGGGAGGCAGGCAGAAGGCAGGACGGGGUCGCCGUCGCCGUCGCCGGGGGAAGAGGGGUGCCCCUUCAGCGCCUGGACAGCGCCCCAGAAUGUUUGGCACUUCAGCCCUGCACAAAGAAGCUGUAAUUUACAGCCAAGCUGGAGACAGCAGGGAAAACAGCCAGCAAAAACAUGGAAGACAGGUGAAAGAUGACAUGGUUCCUAUGAAGGUGUAGGUGUCUUCUUGACGUUCUAGUUACUAUGACACCCAGCAGAGGGCUGUGGGGAAAGAAGUGGGAAUUUCUUCCUUCCCCAUAAAAACUACUAACGGCCAUGGCUGGGUAAGGUUUAAGCAAGGACUUGUCCAGUGUGCUGACACUAUGGGGACUUGUUGUAGCUGCCCAUGCAAAGACAGGGUUCCAGACAACCACCCCACCAAAUUUAAGGUGACAAAUGUUGAUGAUGAGGGCAAUGAGCUGGGCUCAGGGAUUAUGGAGUUGACACAGAGGGAGCUUGUUUUGCACACGCACAAACGUGAUGCUGUUCGGUGGCCAUACCUCUGCUUACGCCGAUAUGGCUAUGACUCGAACCUCUUCUCCUUUGAGAGUGGACGCCGCUGCCUGACUGGACAGGGAAUUUUUGCAUUCAAAUGCUCAAGAGCAGAGGAGAUUUUUAACUUGCUGCAGGACCUGAUGCAAUGUAACAGCAUUAAUGUGGUGGAGGAGCCUGUUGUCAUCACAAGGAACAGUCAUGCUGCUGAACUGGAACUGCCUCGGACACCCCAGACACCCAAUACUCUAGGAUACACAGUUCCAGGGUUUCCUAAUGGGUUCCAUAGCUUCCCUGCAGAGGCCACAACCUGCCCUGCAGUCCGACAUACCUCCAUGGGCAGUUUAAGGCAUUCUUCAGUUGGUGAAGACUCCACACAUGCCCUUAUUGUCCCUGAUGAUCAAUCCCACACAUAUGUGAACACAACUGGUGGUGAGGAAGAGAUGAGGGGUCACCACUGCAUGCACUCCUUACCUGAAGUCCAUCCUCCUCUUUCCCAUCCAAACCGUAGCUGCUCCCUAGAGGACCGGAAUCCUCAGAUAUACCUACAGCCAGGAGAGGUGAAGUUUGUCUUGGGGCCUGCCCCUGGUUACAGGCACAUGAUGAAAUGUGAUGGCUUCUGCCGACCACAUUGGGAGUGCACAGGGCAUAUUUGUGUCCCUAACAACAACAAUGACUGCAAAGAUGAGUGUCUCACCCCAAAGUAUGUAUAUGAGAAUAUCAAUGGUCUUUUGCCCUCUCGAGGUACCUUGCUUCGCCGGGGCAAUGCACGCUUGAAAAUGGCCCGAGAAGAUCUUAACCCACCCAGCUGCUCUCACCGUCGGACCACCCUACUGCACUAUGAGAACCUUCCCUCAUUGCCACCAGUGUGGGAAUGCCAGCCACUGAGACAAAACCAGGAUGAGGAGGAUUCUGGAGACGCAAUGACACCUUCACCCAAUGGUUAUCCUGAGCCUGAGGAGGAGGACCCUUUGAGGAACUACAUGAAUUCAGAAAGUGCUGUACUGCAUGGAGGCCGGCAUAGGGGGGGUUGCUUACAACGUCGCCGCAGUUGUACGCCUAAUGUCUUCAAUUUUGACUUCCACCGGCCCUGUUUGGAGCAGCCAAGGCAGCUCAACUAUAUCCAGGUAGAACUGGAGGAUGACCCUCACAAAGGGUGCCAAAGCACACCGGUCCCCCGUGCCCCACGUUCUGCCUCCCAUCCAGCCCGCAGGACGGAUUCGUAUGCAGUCAUUGACCUUAAAAAGACAGCAGCUAUGUCCAGUUUGCAGAGGGCGCUGCCUAGGGAUGAUGGGACUUCUAGGAAAACACGGCAUAACAGCACUGACCUCCCUCUGUAAGAGGGAUGCCAAACCCAAGCACCACAUUGUGGCUUUUGUUCCUGAUCUUCAGCUAAUCAUGUUGCAUAACUGACAUCUUUCCAUUGUGCCCUGUGUUUCUCAGUGUGACUCACUUGGGUAGCUCCAUAAAGUUAAUCUGAGAAAUGUAGCCUCUCUGUGCCUCUUCCCAUUUCCACCCUGCCUCCAUUUCUCCUGCCAUGUAGGUUUUAAAGCCAAAUGUAUGAAAACUUGAUUUUGCUUGUUAACAGGAAGGGUACUAUUAUUGAUACUAGCUGUUCUUUUCUCUCUCCCCCUUUGUAUAGAAAUCAUAUUUGGAAAUCCUUCCUUUCUAUUUUUGUGGGAUUAUUUUUAAAUCCCUAGUGGUAGGAUGUGUUGUAUCUGAAAAAAAUAUCAAGACAUUACAAAUGAAUGUGCAAAAGCUAUCCAAAACCUCAGUGGUACAGGUAGAACUUUAUGGCUGGAGAGUGAUUUAUUUGUCCCUUUUUAUUUCUGAAGGUAUACAAAGAGAUGUUUAUUUUAAAUUUAUUUAUUUAUUUAUUUUGUGUGUGCAUGCACACGUGUGUGUUUAUUGAUGGUACACUUCUGAUUUAUUUAUUUAUUUAUUUAUUUAUUUAUUUUUAUGCCUCAUAGUUCAGGUGCCAAGCACAAGUAAAAUAUACGUGCUUUGCUGUUUUUCUUUCUGUGAGAGGGAAGGUAGUGUGCAUACAAUUCUGGGUUAGAACUCCACUUGCUUUAAUGGUGCCUGUCUAAGAGCUAUCAGUAAGGAGGAGGAAGAGCCUAUCUAGCAUGAAUCCAUUGCAGUUGGGAAGUGAAUGUAAGAAUGCUCUUGACUCCAUGAAUUCACAGAGAUGAUUCUACAUGUAAACAAGGCCAAUUUCCUAGUUCAUAUUUCCAUUUCUUAAGUUUUACCUUUCUAUCAUUUCAUUAAAACGAACCAUGGGACUGUAAAUAUUGCCAACCUCUAAAAAAAGUCUCUGAUAUCCCAUCCAAUUACUAUUGCUCCUUUCCUACUCAUCUGGGAGAAUCGUUGUGAGAAUCCACCCUUUUAAUAGUGCAGUGCUAGGAAGAGAUGUAAAUACAAGUGUGGUUUUCUUCUUUGCUGGUGUCAUUUUUGUCCAGCCCUCAGUUCAUUUGAAUACAUUAGUGGACCCUGACCCACCAUUUGUGAAUAAUGGGAUUGAAGACUAAACAGAAUAUUUUACAUAACCUUGUUGACAAGUGAAGCUUUGAUGGUCCAUGCUUCAGAAUGAAAAUAACCAUUCAGUAAGAUUGUGCACAUGGCAGUUUUUCUUGUUUCUUUUCUCAGUCUUCUCCCUCUCCUCCUUCCCCUUCCUCAAGGCAGCGCCCCCCCCCCCAAGAAUAAUUAUGUACCUGCCUUUCUUGUUAUGUCCUGUCAGGUCAACUACCAGUCAAUUGUAUGGCAACCGUAUGAAUGAGAAACCUCCAAGAGAGUCUCUUUGAGGUCUCUUACUACUUGACUUAUAGAUCAGUUAAGCUUGUCUUAGUGAAGCCACUAUUAAAAGUCAUCAUGUAUUAGGCCUUUAUAGGACUGAGAUAUAGAAGGCCUUCUAGUAGCGCAUUGUAAUGUCUUUGGUCUCCUCCUCAGGACCAUUAGUGGUGGUAGUCUUUCCUUGCUGAUAGCGCACAGGCUGUAAAUACACUGCUUUUUUGUGAAGGUCAGAGGUUUUGUCACCUCCAGGUUAUGUCUCCAGUUCUUCUUACCAUUUUCAUUGCUUUUAUUAUUUUCCUUGCUGGUGUUAUUUUUAUCUGAAAACACAAGAUUUAACUUUUGGUUUAUUUCUAGCUCAGCCCAUCCUAAGGACUUAAAGGGUUGACCCCAAAGUCAUCCAGUUUGACCCCCUGCCAUAAAUUAUCCCUGGCUAACAAACCUCUGUUUAAAAAGCUUGAAGUGGGGAGAAUCCAGCAGCUUCCAGAAUAGUCUGUAAUCACUGGCUAAUAUGUCUUACUACCAGGACAUUUCUUCCUCAUGAUUAAUUGGAAUCUCCUUUAUUGUAAUUUGAGUCCAUUGGUUGAGUCCACCCUCUGGAGCAGCAGAAAACAAGCUUGCUCACAGGAGCACUCCACAUGACAAUUCUUCAGAUGUUUGAAUGUGGCUAUCAUAUCACCUUUCACUCUUUUCAUAGGGCUUGCUUUCCAUACUCUACUGUCUUAAUCCUCCUCCUUUAGACAUAUUACCAUGUUUGAUAUCUUCCUUAAACAGUGGUGCCCAGAACUAGGGAGAGCAUUGUAGAAGUAUUUGAAAUAACUAGUGCAGAGUAACCAACUAUAUAAAAUACCCAUGAUGAUGUCCUUUACACUUUCUUGCAUGUCAUCUUAAUCCUAACAUUAAAGCCUAUCCAAGCAAGAAACUAUUGUAGACCUUUUGGAAACUGUUCAAAAAUUAGGACUGUUAUGAUUCCAGAACAGUUUUUUUAAAAUAAAAUAUUGUAUUGCAGGCCCAUAUUCUGGUAUGUUUGCUUCUUUGCAUUGCCAUAUAUUGAUAUUCAGGAGAAAAAGUUAAUGGUUUGCUGGUACGUCACAUAUUUUCCACUUAUGAUUACUAGCUUUAUUCCCCAGCAUCUUGAGGCAAGAGGUAGAAAGCUUGCUGUCUAA